AUGAAGGGUGCAGGUGAGGAAAAAGGAACGAGCCAUCACCACGAUGAGCAGAUUGAAGUCCAUCCGGAUCUGGAGGCAGCCAGCGAGGAUGUCUCGACACACCUCAACCACGGCCACGGCCACAACCACGACCUGGAAAAGAGCGCCGUUCAAGUUGAAGACGGAGAAGAAGGUUAUGUGACGGUGAAGACGUGGGCAGUUGUCGUGACGCUCUCCUUCUCCUAUGGCGUCUCGUUCUGGCCAGUGCCGUUCUUCAGCACCAUCCAGCCCGAGAUUGCAGCUUCGUUCGGAUCUCCGCCGGCCUACGGGACUUGGGUCACCUCGGUCUACAUUGCGGCCGCAACCAUCGCCUUCAUGACCUGUGGCGCCAACAGCGACCUCUUCGGGCGGCGGUCGUUCAUUCUCAUGGGCAACCUGCUCGUCUUUAUCGGCGCCCUGGUAGGAGCGACGUCGCAUCACAUCAGUCAAUCCAUUGCCGCUCACGUGCUGAUCGGGUUUGGAGCCGGCAACUGUCAACUGACCACGUUCGCCAUCCCAGAGCUGCUGCCCAACAAAUGGCGGCACAUUGGCGUGGUCAUUGCAGACGGUGUGGCCUUCUUCAAUGUCAUUGCCGGCCCGGUCACGGCCCGGAUCGCCAUCCGGCACGGGGACGCAUGGCGUUGGGGUUACUGGGCCAUGGUCAUCACGAUGGUCAUAGUGUUCGCCAUUCUCUUCUUGUAUUAUUACCCGCCCAAGCAUCCGCGCGGGAUCCCGUGGGACCAAGCACUCCGAAACCUGGACUACGUGGGCAUCGUGAGCUUUACGGUGAGCGCGGCGAUGAUUCUGUCGGGGAUCGUGUAUGUGCAGCUGGUGCCGUCGAACGACCCACGAGUGAUUGGACUGCUGGUGGCCGGGUUCGCGUGCCUGAUCUUCUUCGGGGUGUGGGAGACAUUUGUGCCACUGGCAGAGCCGCUGACGCCGACGAGGCUGUUCACCAAGAACAAGGGCCGGGCCAUGACGGCGCCGUUCAUCGUCGGCUUCGUCGUCACCAUGUUCUACUACGGCACCAACAUCAUCUGGGGCGAGAUGGUGUCGCUGUACUUCACGACCCCGACCACGCCGCCGCACGUCGUGUACUGGCUCGCGACCGUGCAAGGGUUUGGCAUCCUGGUCGGCGGCGUCUUCUUGUCCGUGGCCGGCAACCGCUUCCAGCACUGGCCGUGGCAGAUGGGCAUCUCGAUCGCGUGGAUGACGCUCUUCGGCGGCCUGCUGGCCUACGUCACCCCGGACCGCGAAGGUCCCGCCAUCGCCUUCGCCUUCCUGUCCGCCGCCGGCUUCGGCUACGCCCAGUACCUGUCCAUCACCUACAUCCAGUUCGGCGCCGACCAGGUCGAACUGGGCAUCGCGGGUGGUCUUGCCGGCGUCUCGCGCGAGUCCGGCGGCGCCGUCGCCGUCACCACCUUCCAGACCAUCCUGGUCAACGUCCAGUCGCGCUACGCCGCCCGCCAUGUCGUCCCUGCCGCCGAGGCUGCCGGUGCUUCGCCCGCUGUCGCCCGCGCCGUCGCCGCCGCUCUGCCACUGGGUGCCGCCGCGAUGGAGAAGGUUCCAGGUCUGACUGCCGCCAUUGCCUCCGCCGCGAGUGCCGCCUGGCUUGAGAGCUUUGUGCAUGGUCUAAGGACCGUCGCUCUGGCCCUAACCGGCUUCGGAUGUGUCGCCGUUAUUGCGUGCUUCUUCAUCGAAGACAUUGGGCCCAAGAUGAACCAGAAGAUCGAGAUCUUCUUGGAGAAUGACGUCGAAGCCCAUAAGAACAAGUUCCACUGA